AAACAAAGCUCGCGCUAACUCACUUCUCCCUUCAAUUCUCAGAAAUUUUCAUUCAUAUAGAUUUUUUUAAAAAAUGAUUUUUUUUGAAAGAAAUCGAAUCAGAUAAUGCCGUUUGAUUCGUUUGUGAUCCUUGAUUUUGAAAGUUUAAGGUUUAGAUCCAAUCUGAUUCGUCAAUUUAUUGGCCCUUUGAAUGCCGAUUCGACGAUGUUAAUUCCUUAUUCAGAGAGGAUGCCGUCAUUUGAAGCUUUCUCAUGAUGGAAUAGUAUGAACUGCAUUCUGGUAGCAGACUCAAGGAAAAGUUUUAUAUGGGGCGGAUACGGGGAUUAUUCUUUCUAUAUUUUCUAGGAGUUUGCUGUUGUUCUAUGCAAGGGUUGGACUUGAUAUCUUCAGGUGAAUGGCUCAGUUCCAAAGGAAUAUUUCUGAGAGGGAUUUUGAACAGGCCAUUUCAACCCUUAAGAAAGGAAUGUAUCUACUGAAGUAUGGACGUUGGGGAAAGCCUAAAUUUUGUCCAUUCCGACUUUCAAAUGAUGAGAAAUCAUUGAUUUGGUACGCCGACAAAGCAGAGAAACAACUCAGACUAAGCCAAGUUUCAAAGAUUGAAUCUGGACAGCGUACUGCAAUAUUCCAGCGUAGCCCUCAACCUGAUAAAGAACAACAGUCAUUUUCUCUUAUUUAUAACAACAGAUCCUUGGAUUUGAUAUGCAAGAACAGGGAUGAAGCUGAGCUCUGGUUUACUGCUCUUAGGGUCUUAAUUUCAGAAGGUGACAAUCGUAGGCGAAAAAGUGAUUCAACUAGUGAUAAUACAUCAACAGAAAGUCAAUCUAGCUGUACACAAAGAAAUUCUGUAUCUAUCGUGUCACGUACAAGUAGUGACAACAUUGAUAAGGAUACCAGAGAUACCCAAACUGUUUCACACGACAGCUCUCCACAGCGAAGACUGGGAAAAGCUUUUUCCGAGGUUAUAUCAUACGCUUCUAUAAUUCAUAGCUUAACUCAGACAGAGCCAGUUGCCAGGCAUACAAGUUCAUUAUCAUUAGGCGGGUUAGAAAACUCCUCUGUUGAUUCAUUUAGAAGUAGUUUAUCCAGCCAUAAAUCUUCUCUAGAAGAUUUUAACGCAAUCGGUGGUGUUUUUAUCUGGGGAGAAGGAGCUGGUAAUGGACUGCUUGGUGGUAGUCACAAAACUCAAACUACUGUUACCAGAAUAGAUGCACUUUCACCCAAGGCUCUCAAAUCAACAGUGCUUCUAGAUGCUCGCAAUAUUUCUUGUGGGAAUAAGCAUGCUGUUUUAGUCACAAAACAGGGGCAGAUCUUUAGUUGGGGUGAAGGAACUGGAGGUAGGCUUGGGCAUGGAGUUGAAGCUGAUGUCUCUCAACCGAGGCUCAUAGGUGCUCUUAGUGGGUCAUCUAUUGGAUUAGUUGCCUGUGGUGAAUUUCAUACUUGUGCUGUAACACUUUCAGGGGACCUUUAUACCUGGGGUGAUGGUUCUCACAAUCUUGGUCUUCUAGGGCACGGUACUGAAGUUAGUAAGUGGAUUCCUAGAAAGUUAAGAGGUGACAUGCAAGGUAUGCGCGUGUCACAUCUCUCUUGUGGAGCUUGGCAUACAGCUGUUGUUACAUCAACAGGUAAAUUAUUUACAUUUGGUGACGGAACUUUUGGUGCUCUAGGCCAUGGGGACCGGAAUAACACAAGUUUACCCAGAGAAGUUGAGGCUCUUAGAGGACUACGAACGCUGAGGGCAUCUUGUGGAGUUUGGCACACUGCUGCAGUUGCAGAAGUGCUUUCUGAGCUAUCUGGUGAGUUUUCAUCUGGAAAGCUGUUCACCUGGGGUGAUGGGGAGAAAGGGCAGCUUGGACAUGGUGAUAAAGAACCCAGAUUAGUUCCUUCUUUAGUAGCACUUUCGGACACUACAAGCUUUUCUCAAGUGGCCUGUGGCCACAGUAUCACCGUUGCUCUAACUGACACAGGGAAAGUGUAUUCCAUGGGGAAUGAUGGUCAUGGAAGCCUUGGAAGCUCUGGAAGUAGCAAGCUUCCAACUUGUGUCAAGGGCAAUAUCAAAAACAGCCGAAUUGAAGAGAUAGCAUGUGGUUCUUAUCAUAUCGCUGUACGUUGUUCAGAUGCUAAGAUUUACACCUGGGGAAAGGGUGAAAAUGGUCAAUUAGGUCACGGAGACAAGGAAGACAGAAACAGUCCCACAGUUGUUGAAGCUUUGAAAAACAAACAAGUAAUGAGAGUGGUAUGUGGCUCAAACUUCACUGCUGCCAUUUGUUUUCAUGACUGGGCACUAGGUGCCGAUCACUUUAGCUGUUCUGGUUGUCGAACUCCAUUUAGUUUCAUCAGAAAGCGUCAUAAUUGUUACAACUGUGGGCUAGUCUUUUGUAGACUUUGCAGCAGUAAGAAAUCUCUAAAAGCUUCUUUGGCUCCUAAGAAGAACAAGCCUUCUCGGGUCUGUGAUGAUUGUUUUACCAAUUUAAAUAGGAAAAUGGAGUCUCGAUCAACUCCUGAAUUCACCAAGAAUUCAAGGGAAGUCAUACAUCAGAAUGGUAAUGAGUUACUAGAUAAAGAGUUUGCAAGCCCAACAAUUCUCCGUAAGUUAUCCAGGCUUGCAUCCUUUGAUUCAUUCAGACAGGCCAGGAGUUGCAAAUAUGGUAGAAGAUUAUUUAAGUCGCAGUAUGACGCGAGCGGUUUAUUAGGAAGUUCUGUGAGAUCUUCAACUUCUUGUUUAAGAAGAGUUUCUCGAGGAUCAUCCCCUGCAUCAAGGAAGUCGAGUCCAGUUUUUUCUUCUACAAGAGAUUCAAUCCAUAUUGAUCUUGCAAAUCCAGAGUUACUUCUUGAAGACCCAAAGCACACAAUUGAGAGCCUCACCCAAGAGAUAAGUUUAUUGAGAACACAGGUUGAGGAUCUUACUUCCAAAUCUCAAUUCCUAGAAGCAAAACUCGAAAAUACAUCAAGGCAGUUGAAAGAGGCAACGCAUACAGCAAGUGUGGAAGCUGAAAAGAACAAUGCUUCAAAGGAAUUAAUCAGAUCUCUAACAGAACAGUUGAAUAAAGGUGGUGGAAGAGCACCCGAACAAUCAACUCCACCAAGCAACUGAGAGAGAGUUUCACUCACCGAAUUCACAUUCUUGUUCAUACUCCAGAGUCGUACCAAGCUCAGAGUGCGAAGCCCUUUCACAUGCUCAACAUCUUGGAUAUGACAGACUCGUACAUAUGCAUGUCAUGGGAUGUUCAAAGAAACAGCACCAAGAGAUUGGAGUACAAGUUGAUUAAUGGAUAUUAAGACGCAAAAAAGUUCAGUGAGAGAGAGAGAGAGAGAGGACGUGUUGCCCUGAAACCUAGGCUUCCAAGGGAAAAACUCGAGCCCCAUUAGCCUCUGAUAAACAGCAGAUGCCUUAUUGAUACGAAGUCGACGAAGAGAAUUCGGAAGCUUCAUAGGUUUGAUUGAUACAUUUGGUGAAGAAUGUGUUAGACAUCCAUUCCAAUGUUGAAUGCAUAUAUAACAAAGCUAGAUUCACGUGUAUAGCCAGCCAUGCAUUGCAAUGCAAUGCAUCUGUUCUGUUCUGUUCACAUUGAUUUAUACUUGAAUUUCUAACAAUAUUUUGGGGGUCUUUGAUA